AUGAGCGAUCACAACUCAAGUCAAAAGGAGAAUGAGGGGGACGUGAGGGAAUCAAAGCUUGAUGCUUGCAUCGACAAAUUUCUGGUCCAGCUGUCGAAAGUUCAAAUAAUCGAUUCUGAAUUCACAAAUAUUGAGUCUUUCGAAGGCCAAGAGAAAGAGCACCUCCUGGAUCGGCUUACCGAAGAACUGUCAAACGACCUGAACACCCUUGUAUCAAAAGACUUUGCGCCUGAUGUUUUGGAGGAUGAGAGCAUAGAAAAGAAACUUGUGGACAGACUGCCUAUACUGUCCGAAGCAGGCCAUCUAAAGGCACAACAUUCUUACAAUACCACAUCAAGGGAGAGUGCGUUCUACAGCCAAAUGGUUGAUCCGAUCUUCACACAAUUCUGUCAUGAGAUUGACGGCAAAAAAAGUCUCAGACCCAGAAAACUGAAAACUGAAAACCCAGAGCAUUGGGCGAUUGAGACAGCCUUUGAUCAGCUUAGAUCUAUAAUCGCAAAAUCUGCCUCUUUUGUUUGCGGGGGCCUUAUUUCGGUUCAAAAUGAUGGACCGGCAAAUGACCACGGUUUGGCAUCUCCGAUCAAGGUAUACUGGUGUAAGGGAGAAGAUAAUCCUACCCGCCAAUUGACGCUGCCUCUUUGUCACAACAUCAACUCCAAGGAUGCAUCCGACAAUUUACGCCAUUUGGUAAAUGAUUGUGAGCCUGCGACUUUUGGGAAAGGGCAAGAAGACGUUCUUGAUCCUCAGUACCGUAAGGCAGGAAAGCUUGAUCCCCAGCAAUUCACAAGCAGCUUCCACCUGUCAGAUUUUCAGAUCCUGGAGAAUGUGGAACAAGUUCUUCUUCCUGAUCUCUUCCUUGGUCAAAAUCGUCGCCUCAAAGCCGAGCUAUACAAGUUAAAUGUAUACUCAGGACCCUUCGGCCUUUUCAGAAAACACGUUGAUACACCGAGAUCGGCUGAUCAAAUAGGCUCACUUGUUGUCUGCUUGCCAUCGCCUUUUAAAGGGGGCAACCUGAUCGUGCGACACCAAGGAAAGGAAGUUGAUUUUGACUGGAGUCAACACAGUGAAACCACAAUCCAGUGGGCCGCAUUUUACAGUGACUGUGAACACGAGAUCAAACCGGUCACCGAAGGAGAACGAAUCACGUUGACAUACAACUUGUAUAUCACCAAGACAGAUGUCGUGCAGCAAGCUGGUCGGGUUCCAGAAAAAUUGAUCCUCGAUCCUAAGAGCUUGUCGUCAUACCAAUGCUUGAAAGAGACAUUGAUGAAGCCGGAUUUUCUUAGAAUGGGUGGUACCCUUGGCAUCUAUUGCUCUCAUGCGUAUCCCCAUACAUCUGAAGGGUUCAAAAAUUUAUUGCCAAAUGCGCUCAAGGGUGCUGAUCUGCAAGUCUUUUCUAUCUUCAGUCAUCUGGGCAUGGAUGCUGAGUUCCGCCCUGUUUAUAAUCCCCCAGACAGUAAGUCUGUGUGGGAACAGGAAGAACCUGACUCGAAUGGCUAUCAAGCGUUCCUUUCGUCUUUGCCUAUUGGAACUUCGGACCUUGAUCUUUACUGGAAGUUCCUUCUUUUCUCCCGCCGCGUGAGGGGACUUAAAGAACUAUAUUCCUACGCAAAGAAAAGGCACAUAGACUUGAACCGCCAUCAUUCCCAAAAGGACCCCCUCAUCGGGGCCAAUAUUGAACCACUUCAAGAAUACUUUGAAUCUGAACAGGAUUGCUCGAUGACCGAGAUUCUUCAGAACUGCCGCGACCCUGAGAUUUUUCCCGGUGUCAUAUGGAUAGGGUUACCAGGACAUGAAGAAAAGGACUUUCUUUAUAUAGCCUACGGGAAUGAGUCCUCCAUUGGGGUUUACUACUCCCAUUCAGCUCUCAUUGUUGACAUUCCGCCAUUCCAUGUACGCCAGGAACUCUCCUCGGCCCGGGCUUGGUAA